AUGGAGUUGAAAGAUCUGGCACCUCUACUGUUGCAGCGCGAAAGAGAUUCGAGUGACGUUGAUGUGGAGCUGUUGACAAACAUUCUACGUGGCGGCCACGCUGCCAACGUCCACCGGAAAGGCGCUGAAGCUGCGAUCUCGCAUCAUCCAGUGCUCUCAAAGCGAGAUACAGCUUUCCAGAACCACACGCAGCGGUACGAGAGUGCUCUGGAGAAGACCCACCACUACGUGAAGCUCAUUCAAAGCAGCAAAGUGGACAGCGACGCCCAGCAGAUCAUGUACGAUGUCAUCGGCGAGAAGCUGCCGAUUCAAGUCCACCGCUCCAUGUUCAUCCCGACGUUGGAGAACCAAGCAGACGACGAGCAACAAGCUCAUUGGCUGCCUCUUGCCGCGUCCUAUCGGAUCCUUGGAGCCUACGCUCAGACCGAAUUGGGUCACGGUUCUAACGUACAAGGCCUGGAGACCACAGCCGUGUACGAUAAAGAGCAGCAAGAGUUCGUUAUCAACUCACCAACACUCACAAGUCGCAAAUGGUGGCCUGGAGGGCUGGGAAAGACCGCUACACAUGGCGUAGUGCACGCACAGCUGCGUAUCGACGGUGUGCACCACGGCGUCCAGGCGUUCAUCGUCCCUCUACGCUCUCUGAAAGACCAUAAGCCUCUUCCUGGUAUCGAAGUGGGCGAUAUCGGCCCAAAAGUGGGGUUCAACUCGCUUGAUAAUGGCUACGCUGUGUUCCAUAACGUCCGCAUUCCUCGACGCAAUAUGCUCAUGCGGUAUGCCAAAGUUUUACCGGAUGGAACGUUCAUUAAACCGCCGAGUUCAAAGCUCGUGUACCUCACUAUGACCCAGAUUCGAGCGUAUUUGAUCCUCAAGCUGGGCUUCGCUCUAGGAGCUGCCACGACCAUCACCACGCGCUUUAGUGCCGUUCGUGUACAAGGACGUAAGACGAAUGAUAGCAACCUCACGUUGACGAGCGAGAACCCGGUGCUGGACUACCAGAACCAACAACACGCUCUCCUGCCCUUAGUUGCGCUAUCGUAUGCGGCCAAUUUCGCUGGACGAUCAAUGGUUGACAUGCACGACAAGGUGCUGGCCAUGGUCACUAGCGGCCAGACCGAUUUCGCUGCUCAGUCGGCUCAACUACACGCCAUCUCGUCCGGACUCAAAGGCUGGCUAGCAGACCGCGUGAACGAUGGUAUUGAGCACUGUCGUCGUUUAUGUGGGGGUCACGGCUUCCUGCAGAGUAGCAACUUGGCUCAUAUCUUUGCUGAGACCGUCGGAUCUUGUACGUAUGAAGGCACAGCUGACGUGCUGGUUCAACAGCAUGCACGGUAUCUUCUGAAGGAGCUUGGGAGCACUGCCAAGCCUCAAAAUGAAGGUCUUGUGGGCUUCUUAAGUCGUAGCGACUAUUACUCGAACCCGAAGCUGCGGUGCAGUGCAAACAGCCCAGAGGAGUUCGGCAGCUUUAAGCUGUUGCUGGAGGCGUUUGAGGUUCGUGCAGCUCGCUCUGUUCGUAAACUUGCGCAUGCGAUGAAUACUUCAGGGAACAGUGCGAAUGCGUGCAUGAUACUGAUGACUGCUGCAUCCACACACCAUACGGAGCUGUUGCUGCUGAAGUCGUUUAUCUCUGGAGUUGGUUUGCUGCCUGUGGGGACGACAAGGAACGCCGUGACGCAGUUGUGUCAGCUUUUCGGGGUGUGGCUUCUGGUCAAUGGCCUUGGUGACUUCCGUCAAGACGACUAUGUUUCAAGUGCACAAGCUGAUAUGGCGCACCAACAAUUGGCAAAUAUGCUGCCUCUAGUGCGUCGGAAUGUCGUUCGUCUUACGGACGCUUGGGAUUUCAGCGACUUCGAGCUUAACUCGACCCUUGGUCGAUUCGACGGAGACAUCUACCGUGCGCUUGUAGAACAUGCCAAGCGUGAGCCACUGAAUGCAUCUCAAGUGCCGGAAGGAUACGAGAAGUACCUUCGUCCGCUCAUCCAGUCUUCGCUGUAA